CAACUUUUGCAAGUGCUAUAUUAUUAUUUUUACACCUAUAUUUUCCAUUAUUUCUCUAGUUUCGUUAUUGCCUAUCACACGACAACAGUUUAUCAACUGAAUCUGGGGUGUCGGCAUUAAAAGGACAAGUAAUCCAACAGCAUUCCCCAUGGACGCCGUCGCACCAGAAGCAGCGACCGCCGACAAUUUCGAGCAAGUGAAGGCCCAGUUGCAGUUUGAUAAUGCGCGUCUUGAAAACGAAGUGCACCGCCUGAACAGGCAGAUCGGCCAGUUAAAGAGCUCCUUGGAGGGCGCACAGAGCGAAACCAAAACCGUCAGCUCAAACCUCCAAGCACAAACCGCACAGGUGUCGGCACACAUCGUGCAGGAGUCUCAGUUGCGCGAGCAGGUCAGUCAGCUGCGCGAGGAGAAGCGCGAGCUGCUCACCCAGAUUGCCGAGCGGCGCAACCAGCUCGAUGAGAAAUCGGUGGAGAUUAACCGGCUCAACGAGCUCGUCCAGGAUAUGCGGCAGCAGCGCGCGGCAGACCAGGAGGAGCUGGCACGGCUGCGGUCGCAGACCUCGGUGUCAGACGUCAGCGAGCACAUGCUCAAGCAGUCACUCGAUCUCGCCAAGAACCAGGUGAAGUGGCUCGACGAGGAGCUGGUGAAAACACAGACCGAGAUGCAGAUGGCCAAGUCCGAGCUCGCACGCACAUCCACCACCGGAAGGGCAGAGGUCGGCCGCCUGCGCGCCGAAAUUGAGUCCUUUGGCGAGCAAACCGAAGAGCUGCGGCAACGCAACUCACAGCUUGAGCGCACCCUGCGGGCCAAGCUGGAGAGCGAGCGCAUGACCAAAGAGCAGCUGGCCGAGCAAACCGAACAGUUCAAGCACGAGAUGGCUGCCCAGAAGAAGCUGUGCGUUGAGUGGGAGAAGACGACCGAAGCCGCCAAGCAGAAUGUGCGCAGCGUCGAGGAGAGCUUACGCAACCUCGAAAGCCACCAGCGCGAGAACGAGACAAAAGCGCAGGAGGCUGUCGAGCUGAUGGAGCGACGCGUGGAAGAGGUGGAGCAGGAGUACAGCCAGUUGCAGGAGAAGGCUGUAGAAAUGGCCAGCGAGCUGGAGAACGCCAACCAGCUACUCAACGAGGCCACACGCUCGCAGGCGAUGCUUCUGUCUCCGACGGCCGGUGUCGCGUCAAAACUACAGCAGCAGCAGGGUUCGCAGGGCCGUCUGAACAUUACGCAGCUGUACUCAGAGAAGAUUGCGCUUGAAGACAAGCUGCGCGGCGCCGAGGCAGAAAUAGAGUGCCUGCGCGAGAGCAUGGAGCAGAUCCUCAGCGAGAUUGAAGAGCGUGGGCCGAUCAUUGCCGCCGAGCGCGAGGAGUACCAGAGGCUGCUCGAGGACGCCGACCAGAUCGCGCAAGACCUGACCAGCGUGCGCCAAGAAAACGCGGCUAAGGACCAGUCGCUGCGCAAGUCCAAGCAGGAGAACGACCUUUUGCAGCGCCAGCUCGUCUCAGAGCAGCAGCAGACCCGCGAUCUGAGCCGUCAAGUGGCCCGGCUUUUGCGUGCGGUAGAGGAGACGCGCAUGGGCGGGCGCACGAUGCCCGAGAGGCGCGAGGAAACCUUGGCAGUUGUGCCCGAGCAGGGCGACGAGCAGCUGAGCGAGGUGGAUCGCGUCAUUACGCAGAACCUCGUUGCAUUUUCUGACAUCACCGAGCUGGUGUCGCAGAACCGGCGUCUGCUGCGCACAACCCGCGAGCUGGCGGCGCAGGUUGCACAGGAGGAGGAGCAGCGGCGCAAGGAGACCGAGAUCGAAAUGAAGGGUGCGCUGGAGCAGGCAGAGACCAUGCUAGACCAGCUGUCCAUCGAGCUCGACGGCACAAAGACUCGCAUGAGCGUGCUCGAGCGCGAGCGCGACAUGCUCAAGUCGAUGCGAGGCCGCUCUUCUGAUGACAAGGCCGAAGAGGAUGCUGAGCAAAACUUGGCGUCAUCGCCCCCACCCCCGCCAGUCGAAACGGAGACCAGCCUUAGCACCCUGCCAGUCGCCAGACGCACAGUGGACACCACUUCCAGCAGCGACACCGGCAAACCCGAUGCUGUCGUGCGCCUGCAGUCUGACUUUGACCUGUACGUGAGCGAGUCGCGCAAGACCCGUGCUCAGCUCGAGACUGACGCCACAAAGCUGCAGACCGAAGUAUCCGAGCUCAGAGUGCGCGCCGCCAAGGGCGAGGCGCAAAACCAAUUUGACGUCGAACGCAUCCAAAUGCUCACGCGCGACCUGGAGACCCGGCAGGGCGAGAUCAACCACCUGCGCUCGUCGACAUCGCGGCUGCACAAGCAGAUCGAGGCGUGCGAGAAGCAGAUGGAGAGCAUGGGCCAGGAAAUGACUUCCGAGCGCGUUGAGCUCAGCAGGCUGCGCCGCCAGAGCACCCUCAUAGAGGCCGAGUGCGAGAACUUACGGAGCAACGACCAGCGCUGGCGCGCGGAGGAGCAGCGCCUGGUUGCCGAGCGCACUAGCCUGACGCAGAUUCUUGAAAACACGACCAAGAUGCGCGAGGAGUGGCAGCGCGCAUCAGAGGCACAGGUCGAGCAAGUGCGCGAGCGUUUGGAGGCCAACCGCCAGGAGACUGACGCUGUGCGCCAAGAACUGAAGCAGGCUCGGGACUCGAGCGAGCGGGCACAGUACAAGUUUGAUUCUGAGUUGUGCGAGCUGCGCGGCCAGAUCCAACAGCGCGAAGAGCGCAUCUCGCAGCUGCAAGAUCAGAUUUUGGCAGGCAAGGAGCUGCAAGCGAAGAUCCAGGGCGAGCGUCAUGACAUCGAGCUGUCCCGCGAUGACCUGCAGCGCCAAGUCGCGACGCUCGAGGAGCGCAUUGAAGGCCAGGAGUUGCUUAUGCAGCGGGCGCAGAGCCAGGGGCACACGGUGUCCAAGGAGGCGCUGCUGACCGUGCAGCUCCAGGACGCGCGGUCUCAGCUUGAGACUCUGAAGAGCGAGCUCGAGACUACGCAGAGGCGCUCUGAGGACUACCGCCAGCUAGCGACUACCAACGAUAUCUCGCUGAAGGAGCUGUCCGAAACAUACGACCAGUACAAGUCUCAGAACGACAGGACGACCGCCGAACAGUCGGCAAGAAUUGCCGAGCUCGACGCUUCCUUGCUGGCAUCGAAUGCCGCUCUCAAUCAGUGCCGUUCUGACCUAAGCUCAGUCACCAAGAGGCUGCAGAAGACGCAGGCCGAAAUGGGCGAGCAGAAGGAUAAUUAUGCUGCGCGCCUCGCUAAGCUCGAUGAGGAGAACCAGUUCAAGGCGCGCUCACUCUCUGCCCUGCGCGACGAGUUGGAGCGCCGCGAUGAAGCUGCCCAGAGCAUGCAGGUCCAGUACGAGAAGGAGGUCGUCAUGCACGCUGAGGUGAUCAAGAGCUCACUGUUAACACGCGAAAGGCUUAUUGAGACGCAGCGGCGCCUUGCCGACAUCGGUGGUCAGCUCCAGGCCAGCCGGGAAUCCAACAACCAGCUUCAAGCGCAGCUCAACCAGGCACGCGACAGGGCGGCUGACGAGAUGAAAUCGACCCGAGGCCAGCUCGCUGAUAUUCGCAGGCAGAACUCGCUCUUGCUCGCUCAUCUCGAGUCUCUGGGCCACGAGGUGCCCGACAUCUCGGUCGACCCCGAGAAGAUCGCCGCAUCUGCUGAGACUGACACUGCGGGCGGGACUGGCAAUGCCGCGGCUGGCACUGGUACCAGCAGCCAGACUGGCCUUCGCGAUGUUGUUGUAUACUUGCGCCGCGAGCGCGACUUGGCCACCGCCCAAUUAGAGCUGGCGCAGCAGGAGUCGCAGCGCUUGCAGCAGCAGUGCACAUACACUCAGCGUAUGCUUGACGAGGUGCGCAACGAGCUGCUACAGUACACGCCCACGGGCGACGCCGACCCUUUGUCGAACAACAAUGAUUCUCUGAGAUCCGAAUCGUCGGCUGAUAUCAUCAUGAAGGGCAACGGCCCCAUCACUCUGACAGCGACGCAGAGGCAGUCGUGCCAGAAGCAGAUAAAGGAAAUCUUGGUUCUGCGCGACUCCAACUCUGUGCUGCGCUCGGACAUGGAGUCGACCAAGCGGCGCCUUCGCGAUACGGAGCGAGACCUCUCGCACUUCCGUGACCAGGAGGUGCCUCGCCUUCAGAAGGACAACGGCUCGCUCCGGGCGGAGCUGCAGUCCAUGCGCACCCAAGUGACACAGCUGACGGGCAUGUGCGAGCAGUGGAAGCAGCGCCACGAGAACGUGCUGGCCAAGUACUCGAUGAUCGAGCCCGAGGUGUACGAGGCGCUCAAGGUAGAGAACCAGGAGCUCAAGACGCGCUUCGAAAGGCUGGAGGCCGAGAACAAGCAGCUACAGCAGAGGAUUACCCAGGCUACUGAGCAGCAGCUGUCGACCGAUGCGCGCAAAAUGACACUUUUGCAGUCCGAGAUCGCCAGGCUGAAGAAGCAGAUUGAGUCGCAGCUGCUGCAGUUGGCCAGCGAGAAGGACCGUGCGAGAAUCCAGGACUCGCAGAUUAUCAGCCUAAGCGAGGCUGUAAAGGCAAAGGAGAGCGCGAUCCAGGCCUCGAACAAGGAGGUCGCGGACAGCCAGGUCAAGUUUGAGAAGCUGCGUGACGUUUUCCAGAGGCUGCGCCAGCAGUCAGUCGAGAAACUCGAGCAGAGCAACAGGGUUAUCAAGGGCCACGAGUCCACGAUCCAGGUGCUGACCGAGCAGAUCAACGCGUCCCAAAGGCAGCAGCAACCUGCAGCUUCCACUGGGCCAGAAGCCGACGCCGAGAAGUUGAGGCGGCUGGAGGAUGAGAUUUCUGCGCUCACAAAGGAAAAGGACGAGGCGCUGGCCGGGUACCAGAAUUUGGCCGGCGAGCUGCAGGAGACACGGGCAGCUCUCCAGGUGGCGCGAGCCCAGCUUCUGGAAAAGUCGCAGGCACAAACACAGGCACAAACGCAGCCGCAGACGCAGGGGGAGGGUGUUUCAAGCGACAACACCACUCCACCAGCUGCCGAGAUCAACAGGCUCAAGUCCGAGCUUGCUACCGCCGAGGCCAAGGUCAACGAGUACAAGGGCCAGCUGGAGGAGCUUAAGGUCCGGGCGAGCAAGUAUUUCAGUGACAACAGGGUGCUCCAAGCCAAGGCUUCUGCUCUCGAGAAGAAGCUGAGCGAGGCAUCCACCACCCUUGCGCCGUCAACUGAGCUCCAGCAGCAGCUCGAGCAGACGCAGAAGCAACUUGGGGAGGCGCAGAAGCAGCUCGCCGAAUCCGACGCUAAGAUUGAGCAAGCGCAGGCGACGGCCAAGAGAUGGCUGAGCUGCGCCAAGCGGGCAGACGAUCUGGCCAAGCAGGUCGAUGAGUUGCAGACCAAGAUCGGCGUGCUAGAGAGCGGUACCGGGUCGUUGAAGCGGCCGAUGGAAACCGAGGACGGGCCGUCAAAGAAAGCACAUACCGAGGAGUCGUCGUGA